AUGAAAUUGUUGGUAAUAACGACUUUUUUCGCUCUAUUGAACUAUGCUACUUGUUUUGACUGCUAUGAAUGUCAAAAUUGUGAAAUACCUUUUAAUAGUCAAACAAAUACGGUCACAUGCACUUCAUCGGUAACACAAUGCAUGAAAAUAACAGCAAAAUUAGGUACUGUCUAUACAUAUGUUCUUAAACAAUGUGGUCCAUGUUCGAAUGAAACAUUUGCAUUUGGUGUUACUUAUCUUAAUGUUGAUUGUUGUACAGGAUCGACAUGUAAUCGAACAAAUACUAUAUCGAUGUCUAAAUUUUCAGCAACUGCUUGUCUUUUUGUUUUCUUCUAUUACUAUUUAUUUCGCAUACUAUAUAUUAACUUUAUUUAUAAACGAAAACGACCAUGGUGUGAAAUAACAACACAAAUCGAUGAUAAAUCUAUAAAGCAAAUUGAUGAGAAUAUAAAUUCUGCAUUAUCACGACAAUCGAUGUCACCACUUAUUCAAGAGUAUCUUCCUUACGAACUACGAAAACAACCUAUGAACAGAAAGAUGACUACACGACUAGAAUUUAGUGAACCACCAUUGUUCAGAGAUACGUUUAAAGAAGAUUGGGAUGAACUAGAUACACAAAGUUUAGAUUCGCGGACAUCGGUCUCUAGAAAAACAUCGUUUUAUACAGUUGGAGAAGAAACUUUUUGUCGACAAUCUCCUACUCGAUAUUGGUCAUUAACUUCUUCGAGUAAUCUAACUCAAUCAUCACCAUCGAUUGAACAAUUAUCUCCUAUUGAUACCUGUUCUACACAGACACGAUUACAAAUAUGUUUUAAAUCAUUUACUAAUCUAUCUAGACGAUUAGUUAACAAUGAGAAAUAUCGAUCAGAUAUAAAUAAUUCAAAAGAAAUAAAUAUAUUUAAUAAUGUCUCACACGUAUAA